GUUCAAGAGCUAAAAUGUCAGAUGAAGAAGAUUUUAUGAUGGAUGAGGGUGACGAGGAUUACGACUUCGACUAUGAAGACGACGAUGAGGACGUUGAACAAGGUGAAGCAGGUUUAGAGAACAAAUACUAUUUAGCCAAAGGAAAGAAGGAGGAUAAUCUAGAUGAGGCGAUAGUAGACUUUAAAUAUAUUCUAGACAAUGAAGAAGAGAAAGGUGAUUGGGGAUUCAAAGCUCUCAAACAGCUCACAAAGUUACACUUCCUCCGUCUCAGGAAAUUCCCAGAAGCUUUGGAAUACUACACACAACUUCUCACUUACACUAAAAGCGCAGUCACACGUAAUUACUCAGAGAAGUCUAUCAAUGGUAUCCUCGACUAUGUUUCUUCAGACAAAGCGACAGAUCAGACUGUCGAUCUGGAACUCAUGGAGAAAUUCUAUGCUGUUACUAUGAAAACACUCGCUGAGAUGAAGAACGAAAGACUCAGCGUUAAGACAAACUUGAAACUUGCAAAAUUGUGGCUUGAUAGGAGAGAAUACGCACGUUUGACCGAGACACUCAAAGAACUCCGUUCAUCCUGUCAAAGUGCUGACGGUACAGAUGAUCAAUCAAAAGGUAGUUUAUUACUCGAAAUAUUCGCUCUUGAGAUCCAAAUGUAUUCCCACACGAAUGAUACCAAGAAGUUGAGAGAAAUUUACAAUCAAACUUCAACAGUCACGUCAGCUAUUUCCCAUCCACGCGUCAUGGGUAUUAUUAAAGAAUGUGGUGGUAAAAUGCACAUGAAUGAGAAAAGCUGGGAAAAAGCCCAAACAGACUUUUUCGAAAGUUUCAGAAGCUACGAUGAAGCUGGCUCAAUGCAGCGUAUUCAAGUCCUCAAAUACCUCGUCCUCGCUCAUAUGCUCAUGAACUCUGAGAUUGAUCCAUUUGACUCACAAGAGACUAAACCAUAUAAAGAAAAUGCGGAAAUCUUACCGAUGACGCAACUUGUGUCAGCUUAUCAGCACAAGGAGGUACAUCAAGCUGAGCGCAUUAUAGCCAAAAAUCGCAAGGUUAUAAUGGAAGAUCCAUUCAUUUGUCACUUUAUUGACGAUGUCAUGCGUGCCUUACGCAUUACUUACCUUGUUGACCUUAUCAAGCCAUACCAAAGAUUAGAAUUGAGUUACAUUGCAAAGCAACUAAACGUCACUGUAGCUCAAGUUGAAGAUCUCCUUAUUGAACUUAUUCUCGAUGAGAAAAUCAAGGGUACAAUCGACUCUGUAAAUCAACGUCUCGAGAUCAAUAGAGAACCACAGCUCGAAAAGAGGAGAUACGAAGCAUUGACGAAAUGGACCAAUGAGAUGGAAAAGAUGCACGAAAUGCUUGUCAGCAAGUUCUCAAGCAUUAGCACAAAUAACAACUUCGGUGGACCGGCUGGUAGACUAAUCAACCCUAUGAUGGCAUCCCAAGAUGUCUAAACUCCUUUUCAUCCAUCUGUAAUAAGAUUUUCUAAAUAAAUAACG